UCUCAUUUAUUUCCAAAUAGUUCAUCUUUUGGUACUGUAUCUUUCAUAGGUAGAUAAGUAAAAGAGCUAAUAUCUAUACCGUACAAUAUCUAAUCAGCUAGGUAUAACCUAUAUUGCAUUUCCGUAAAUGGCCAGGUGAGCAAGGCUAGUAAGUGGUAUAUUGUGGGCAAUGUCGCGAAACGCAGCAGCUUCUGUCCUCCGAAGGGCUCUCCUCUAUGUGCCUUCAUCUUCACCCAAGUUUCUAGAGAAAUCCCGAGGGUUAAAGGUCGAUACUGUUGCGUAUGAUCUUGAGGAUUCGGUGACAUUGGGGAAUAAGGAGAUGGCAAGGAAAAACAUUGUGGAUUUUCUAAAGGGUGAAAGACCAAAAGAUGUAGGAGAACUGGCUGUACGAAUUAACUCUGUUUCAUCAGGCCUCGCUCUACAAGAUCUCACUCAGGUCCUCAAAAGUCAACACCUCGACACUCUCGUAGUACCCAAAGUUAAUUCGGCUUCCGAUCUCCACUUCAUAAAUGAUAUUCUUCGUCAUACUCUUCCCUCGCGACAUCCAUCUACUCCAUCGCCUUCUUCUAACCCAGUCAAAAUACUCGCUCUCAUAGAAUCUGCACAAUCUCUUAUAAACCUCUCGUCAAUCUGCCAAGCAUCUCCCUACUUACAUGGCCUAAUAUUCGCCGCUGAAGAUUUCUCUUUGGAUUUAAGCAUUACACGAACACCUAGUCUUGACGAAUUCCUAUAUGCGAGAAGUCACAUUGCCACUUGUGCACGAGCAUUUAAUAUCCCAUCUACCAUUGAUUUAGUGUGUACAUCAUACAGGGGAAGUGAGGGACUAGCUCGUUUGGGAGAAGAAUCUCUUCAGGGAAAGGGUUUAGGGUUUAAUGGAAAACAAUGUAUACAUCCUUCCCAAGUGGACGUUGUUCAGAAAGCAUUUGCACCUGGAGAGAAAGAAGUCGAGUGGAGUGUACGAGUAGUAAUUGCAGAUGAAAAGGCGGAGAAGAAGGGGAAAGGAGCGUGGACAUUGGACAACAAAAUGAUUGAUGCACCAGUUACUGGAAAGGCAAGAGAGGUAGUUAAGAGAGCAGAAUUGUGCGGCUUUGACGUUGAAGCUAUGAGGGAAAAGUGGAAGGGUCAGGAACCCGAAUGAUAGGACAGUCAGUUCAGACCGUGUUUGCCAUUGGCUGAUGACUUUUUAUCCAAAUCUUUCCAGCGAAAGACUUUCAUUUUCUACUGCCUCAAUUCUCUAUAUGUACAUUGUUAUACAGAUAGGUAUUCUCUAGUAGUAGAUGGCUAAACUCGUCCCCACCCAACCCACAUCAUCAACACCAGACCUAUCCUCUCCUAGCGACUAUAACUUUCGGUGGUUGACUCUCGGCGGAUAUUUUUGCUGGCUCAGUAGCUAAG